AGAAAGUUCAACGAAUGCACGUGUUUCAAAAAUCCAGUGACAGCUAAAAGACAUUUCAAUGCAACGCAAUGUGGUAUAUAUGGCCUGUUGUAUUUCUCAUUCUUCACUACAUUUGUCUACUCUGUGCUGCAAUACGAACAACUGUCUCUCCUCAGAAUUCUUCAUCGUUUUCAGAUUUGGUUACGGGUAAUCUACAACUUCUACAAGACAAACAAAUCGCAUCAUUGCAAACAAAUUCUUCUUUUCUCUCCAACUCCUCAUCACCCAAAGAUGUUGAUUCAGUCGGCAUUUUCUCGAACAGAACUUCAAAACACUCUCUUCCUGAGAGAACUAAUUCCACCUCCAAAAUAUCUGAGUCACAAGACAAAAUCCAAAAUAGUACAUCGGUGACAUUAGCACAGUACCCCAAAGAAGAUGUCACAGCAAGGACAGAAGCCUCAAAUGCUCCCUCAUCAAGUACGCAAAGCUCAUACAGCACUACAGAUAGUGGGGAAUUAUUUAAAAAAGACUGGCUCUACAGAGAAACGGUGUCAGAAGAGGACACCAGUACCUAUGCGAGACAUAAAGUUUCUUCAGAAAGUACUGAGCACUUGAUUUUCCGAACGGCAACAAGUUCUCCACACCCAAAGCCUGUUCCAGCACCAGAUUUAAAAAAUGGCACUUUAGGAUUGAGGAACAUGUCGACUGCAAGUCUGGCUACGGCUAAAUCUCAGGAUGUAAAUAAUACAGAUAAGCUUUUAAGAAUCAUUGGCACCCUUUCAUCAAAGGGAGUGGAUUCUGACUUUUUACCUUCAGGAGAAGGACCUGAUUUUAUAUUCCACCGUUCUCCCCCACCCCUAACAACGGAGAUCACACAACUCACUGUGACUGAAGAAUUUACAGAGUUGCUGGCCAUUGCUCAACAAGCAUGGGCCCAACUACCUGCAGAAGUAAUGAAUACAGAGCUAGGAGAAUUUUUAAAAAUGUACAGUGCCUUUCCUUAUAUCAAUCUGGAGUCGGGACCAGUGAGAAUAUGGCGUUUGAAAGGGCCCCCAGGCCCUCCAGGACCCCCUGGCAGACAAGGUUUGAGGGGUAAACCUGGUCUGAGGGGUAUGAGGGGACGAACGGGGGAACAAGGGGAGCAGGGUCAAUCAGGUGUGCAAGGAGUAUCGGGGAAACCAGGGCCACGCGGACUUCAGGGUGAGCCAGGAUCACAAGGCAAAUGGGGAACUGCUGGAACAAUUGGAAUCAAGGGGUUACGGGGUGAAUCUGGUCGGCAUGGCUUCAACCCCGGACAAGGACCCAAGGGGGACACCGGGUUGCCUGGGGAAAUGGGAGAUGCGGGACAGCAAGGGGCCAAGGGGGACACAGGGGGAGUAGGAAUUCCUGGACUGGAAGGAAACAUGGGUAUGGUUGGAAUCCAUGGACCCCAGGGCCAAAGAGGAUUCGAAGGAUCAAGAGGACCACCUGGAAGGUCAGGGGCUUCUGGCGAUUCUGGCCAUCAGGGAGACAAAGGAAUUCCAGGUCCGUUCGGUCUACCGGGUGAGGAAGGCUCAGUGGGUCCUGAUGGUGAACAAGGUCGACAAGGCAGGCGUGGUUUUCCGGGCUAUCAAGGGACUCGUGGUAAUCCAGGUCAACCAGGCUCUGAUGGAGCACCGGGGACGAAUGGAAGACCUGGCCGACAGGGUGCUGGUGGAGAAAUGGGAGGUAUUGGCCCACCUGGAAUCAAAGGUGCACCAGGCCCACUGGGAAAUAUGGGUCUGCCUGGUGACAUUGGAUCUAUCGGGCCAAAAGGUGAAAAGGGUAGUCGUGGCAGCAGAGGCAUCCAGGGUGACCAAGGCAACCCUGGAGAAAAGGGAACUAAUGGAGAAUCGGGAGCAAGAGGAGAGUCCGGUGAAAAUGGACCUAAGGGUUUGAUCGGCAAUAAAGGACUUGCUGGAAAUCCUGGCGAUAUUGGAUCGAGGGGUGCAGUAGGGGAUCAGGGGAUUAUUGGUCGCCAGGGAGCUUACGGACUCAAGGGCUUACCAGGGGAUACAGGGUCUGAUGGACAGCCAGGUUUAAAGGGUUCUAUGGGAGACCAAGGCAUACCAGGGACAAUUGGAAGAAGAGGCAAACCUGGUAGAACGGGUAAACCCGGAAAUCCUGGAAAAAAUGGAAAAAAUGGUCCUCAAGGUCCUGUCGGUAACUUAGGACUUACUGGUCUACCAGGUGAGAGGGGUUCACCAGGAGGGCCUGGGCUGAGGGGCGACUUGGGCACACGGGGAGUAAUGGGUGAACCUGGCGCUGCAGGUAAUCCAGGGCUGUCAGGAGUAAAGGGAGCUGCUGGUUUUGCAGGCUUGCAGGGAGCACGUGGACCACCCGGACCCCCAGGACUAGAGGGUCCUGAGGGUCCGUUCGGAAGACAAGGUCAUCCAGGACCUCCUGGAUCAACUGGUCCGCGAGGAGCACCUGGACCUAUAGGACCUACUGGUAACCCUGGGCCAGACGGUCUUCCUGGGCCACCUGGACCAGCUGGGGAAGGAGGCAGUCCAGGUCAAAGUGGAGACAAGGGACCUCCCGGUGAGCAGGGCCAACCGGGUUUCCCGGGUAUACCAGGAGUAGCAGGGGAACCUGGUCCGAUGGGCACACUGGGAGCCAAAGGACCACCUGGCCCUGCUGGAACAAGUGGAUCUCAAGGAUCAACUGGACCACAGGGUCUUCUUGGACAGCUUGGACCUCUUGGCCAGAAAGGUUUGAAGGGGGACCUUGGCUUGGCCGGUGAUGAAGGACCAACUGGAAGAGAUGGGAGUGAGGGUCAACCGGGACAUCGAGGACUGGAAGGUAGCAGUGGUCACAAAGGAUUGAAGGGUGAGCCUGGUCAGCAAGGCCUAUCAGGAGACAGGGGUGAUGCAGGAAUCCAGGGCGGCCAAGGAGCAACUGGUAACCAGGGUCCUAAGGGUUCAGAAGGUACUCCAGGCAGUCCAGGAAAGAGAGGUGUGCAGGGUACCAAGGGUGCUAAUGGACCGAAGGGUGAAGAGGGUGUCCGAGGGUUCACUGGAACCAGGGGACCUAGAGGACCUCAAGGUAUGCAAGGAAUCACUGGAUCCCAAGGAGAAAGGGGUCAGAAAGGCCCUCAGGGACCAAGUGGAAUAUCAGGUCGUGAUGGACCAGAAGGCCCAGCAGGUCCAACGGGUGUUCAAGGAUCAAGAGGGACGUAUGGCCCCAAAGGCUUUGCAGGAAAUCAGGGUUUUUCUGGAGGCAAAGGAAACGAAGGUCGUGGUGGGGACCUUGGAUUGGUUGGACCUACGGGACCAUCCGGAGACAGAGGGGAGCCAGGCGACACCGGGCAAGAAGGAGGACAUGGAAACCAAGGUCUAAUGGGAGCAUAUGGAGAACAAGGUGAUCUGGGUCAUCCAGGAGGAACUGGUUUUCCUGGAGCUGUUGGAUUACCAGGAGUUGAAGGAUCAUCAGGAACUGCAGGAGAACCAGGACAGAAUGGAGAAAACGGCCAGAUGGGCACAUCGGGACCGCAGGGGCUACAGGGCAAAACUGGACGAGAGGGACCAGAGGGGCCAAAUGGUUUGCCUGGACUGAAUGGAAAACCAGCACCGCCAGGUGAAAAGGGAGAUGAAGGUGUUGCUGGGUCACCAGGACAACAUGGACAUAGGGGACUUAAGGGGCCUAUCGGCCCAGAAGGAACACAAGGGUAUAGAGGUUUAACCGGUGAUAAGGGUCCACGUGGGAUUAUUGGACAGGGUGGAGUUUCUGGUAAGCCAGGGGAGCGUGGGAUGUCAGGACCACAGGGGCCUCCGGGAAUGCCUGGCCUCAAUGGAGACAGAGGACAAAAGGGAGUCACUGGAGUACGUGGCCUUUCAGGAUUCAAAGGAAAUAAGGGACCUCAUGGAGAUCGUGGUGAAGAUGGUCCAGUAGGUCCAACUGGUUUCCAAGGAGACGAGGGUAUUUCUGGUAUCAUUGGUCCUGGUGGCUGGCCGGGUCUAGCUGGACUUGUAGGAGAUCUUGGAGACAGGGGAACGAAAGGAGAGUCAGGGCCAAAAGGACCACAGGGAGAGACAGGUCCACCGGGGAUGCCAGGUAUCCAAAAAAUGUUUCCAAUGAAUGAUGCGGAGAGCAUCCACACCUUAAUUCAUCACUUCUUUAGCAUUCCACGACCAAAAGAAGUCGGGGAUAUUGAUGUAUUCUAUAUGAUGAAAUAUCUUGUAAAGUACAUCGAUGGUAUUAAACAUCCGCUGGGUACGAAAGACAUGCCAUGUCGGACAUGUAGAGAUCUUAUUGGCUGCCACAAAGACAUUAGUGAAGGUCUAUUCUGGAUCGAUCCAGACAUGGGCUGUUCAUCAGAUGCCUUAGAAGUCCACUGUGAAUACACCCAACUAGGAGCUAAGUCAUGCAUUAUCCCACCAGAUUCAUCUGUGCUACUGUUUGGUCUAACCUUACCCCAGAUCAAAUUCCUCCAUCUACUGAGUACUGAGGCGAGUCAAGAAAUCACCAUUCAUUGUUUUAAUAUGUCGGUUUGGGAGACACCAAGCGGAGAUCCUUCUUAUAGCCUAAGCUUCUUGGGAUGGAACGGAGUCGUUUACCAACGCGGUGGCGAUCUAGAACCAGAUAUCAUUAAGGAUGGAUGCAAGAAUCCAGAGAUGAGAUGGAAGAAAACCAUCUUUUCCUUCCAGGCCCUCGAUGUACACCAGCUGCCCAUCGUUGAGAUUAUUAUCAACCCAGAGGUUCAUAGGUCAGAGGUCGGGGUUUCGGACUUCAAGAUCGAUGCUGGUAACCUUUGCUUUGAUUGAGGUAUCAGUCUCAGGCAACCUCUUACACUCACAAGGACCUACUUAUUUUUUUUCUUUGUCUUUUUCUCUGGACUUUAUUUCUAGUGACUUUUAUUUUGCUUCGUACCGGUAAAAGGAAAUGUUUUUUCUUCACCUGUUUAUUACGAUGUACUAUAUAUUUUUAACAUGCCAUCAUUUGCUUGCUUGUUAGUGUUCCAUAAUGCUGAAAUCUUGCCUAACACUACCUUAUGAAACUAACCGUACAACGUUAUUGUGUAAAUUGGUAUUUUAUAGCUCAUUUUUAAAAUUCAAUCAUGAUUUGCCCCCCUCCUAUUCAAACACGUGCAACAAAAGGACAUCAGUCUGGUCUCCGUUUUAUUGGAUGAAAAACAGUAUUAACAAUUGCAUAAGUGUGCAUGGGGAACCUGGCCAAGAUGGUGGGAUCAUGAUGUGUCAAAGAGUUUCUAAAAACAUGGGAGCUUUUUGAGCCAAAGUCGGAGGGAACAGUGAUUGUUCGGGUGAGUACCAUCUAGCUUUGAAUUAACUUGAAUUGAUUGUAAACACUCUACGCAAAAGUUUUGUGGGUCAGCAUUUAAGAAGUUGUUGUGUUUGAAGAAUUCCUGAUAAAUUGGUUCUUUUGGCAGUUGUAGGAUCAGAGACUCAUUGUAUAGUCUAGAGCAAAUAAACACCAUUGUUGGGUUGUAGCUAGGGAACCAUUUAGAAAUGUUUUCACUGAUAUUAAAGGGGGGGGGGGGAGGAAAUUGGCUGAAAAGUUUCAUGUCUGGUAAAAUGAUAAUGAGAAACACCAGCCACUCCACAGCAGACCAUCCACAAUUCCUGUUUUACUGCUGCCGUGUUUUCCCCACAACAGGACAUUCUAAUGAAAUCGGACAAUUCUGAGUUUUGAACCACUUUCUUUUCUUCGUGGUUGGUUUGAAUCAAAUGUUUACAUCACAAGUAUUUUUCAUGUUUUAGUGGUAUGAUUAUUAAGUGAUAUUUGUAUUUUAAAAAACUGUAACUGAUAUUCCUGUACAAAACAGUAGUUUGGCACUUUAUAAGUUUAUUUGAAAAAAAAUUAGCAGUUUAGUUUGCCAAGAUUAAAAAAGAAAGAUUAAUGUAAAGGUAAUUUUUGACCAACGCUGUGUGAAGGACGGUAGAGUGGUAGGGAGCAGGUUUUUCAUGAUGGAAUAUGUGUGGGGUGUUGCAGUAUUAUCUACCUCAUGUCAGAACAUGCUGCAUAUAAAGGCUUUAUUUAAAUAAAAAACUAAUUUCACAGAACUGCUUAAAAACAACUCUGCUAACGAGAAAUAGGGCGCUAGCCAUGUUUGGCAAACAGGUUUACUUGAUACAGCAAUUUCUUCUGUUUGAGCAGCUAUAUGGAAUUGGGUCGAGUUUAGGAACAAAUAGAUUUACUUUGUAGAGUGGUAGUAGAAGCCGUAGAGACGAGGUAUAGAUAAAUUCUGUCCUCUUUUAUGUCUAUUCAGUUUUCUAUUUUUUAAUAUUUUUUUUCACUUCAUUUUAUUAUUUGUAUGGCCUUUAUUUGCCUCGACAUUUGGUGGGGAUAUUUUCCAUAGAGGCAAUUUUCAGUCAUAGGUGUUAGUGAUGAAAAAGUCUGUUUAAUUUUGGAACAAAUUUACAGUGGAGAGGAGCAAAGAGAAUGUUGAGGUAUGAGAGAUAAAGUUAGGUUGAAAUACUUCCAAGUCAGAAGUUGAAUGAGGUUUGGCUCUAGCCUUGUUCUAGGAAUAGAACCAUUGCAUUGGUUGUCAUUGCCGAGGUCAAACAAUGGAAACGUGCACUCGUGUACGUGCCACGUACAACUCGCAGCCAAUGAUGGGUUUUAAUUGACCUCAGUGAGGGCACUGUUUCGGGUUUGUGAUGUCAUAGGCAAGGGAUCCGUAUAACUGAUUUUUGGAAGACUCUGACCCUUUUGAACCAUCGUUCACUGGUGGGUUAAAAGUUAGUUUGAUUUCAAAGAGAGCUAAAAACAUUAUUUGACGGCAAAGUUUAACACCAUAAUACACUCGGCUUUUAAUAUAAUGAUGGUGCUUUUAUUGUAUUUGAUUACUAGAAUUUUAUACUUGGCUGUAAAUUAAGGCAUUCUUGUUUUGUAGUUAGAAGAAAAAGCUUUUAUAAUGUAGAACAACUAUUGUUCAAAACUCUUUUUAUAAAAAAAAACAUUUAAGUAGGAGAAAUGUAAUGUUCUAGCUUUAAUGAAUGGACAUUUUAUGGGAUAUUCCUUCCUUUUUAAAAACUUAAGGAUCCUGUAAGAAAUGUUAUCAGGUCCUUGUAUUAACUAACUGCUCAUUGGUGCUAUUAAGUUUUGGACCCAAUUUCAUGGUUCUGCUUAGCGUGGAUUCUGUGCUUACAGCUCAUAGAAUCACUUUACAUGGCACUGUAAACGCAAAAUUAUGUUGUAAGCAGAGCCAUGAAGUUGGGCCCUUGUUUAGACUUUAUCUUAAAAUGAAUUCUCUUGUUUUAUAGAGAUGUAUUAACGUAUUGUUUAGUGGUGGUUUUGUUUUUUGUUUGUGUUUGAAAGAAUAGGGGGGGGGGGGACUUUGGGAUGCCAAGUGGCAGAUUGGCAUCAGACAUAUCAGGGACUUGUCCACUAAUAAUGUCAUCUUGAGCUUGCACAAUCUUUUUGGGGUCUUCUGCCACCAAGGGACACCAACGAGUUUUAUUUGAAGGUGGUGUUUUGGAGUGUCUUAUACUGUAGCUAUGACAGUGCUGAUGUAUAAGUGACGGUAAUUUAAUAACCACAGCCAACCGUUCAAGUGCUUCAUGGCAGUUUACUUGAAAAUUGUAUCAAUGCAAUUGACAACAUUGAACACAUGUGCGCUUUGGUUCAGGCCAUAGCAGCUUCCAAAGGCAAUAAUUUGUGCACCGUCUUGGGCUGGGUACCAGGAACCCAACGAAGAUGGGUUGUCUUAAAACAAGUUCAAAAUUAUGUAACAUCUAAGUUAAGUUAUUGCUUGGGAUUAAUUUAGCUGUUCAUCAUCUGAAAAUGGGGCGUUUAAAUGUUUGACUUAAAAAUGUAGAGAUCUGUGGGAGAUUUCUCCAGCAGCUGAUGAUUCUGUAGUUAGGUAGACAUGUCGUCAACACAAUGUCCGAGUUUUGUUUAUGUGAUAAGUUAUAGUAUUAACUUAGUUCUUAUAACCUAGCUUUAGUAGUUAUUGCAGUAUUAAGUUUAAUGUGCUGGUAGUAUGAAUAGAAAGCCAUCUACCAAUCAUUUGUAAAGUUCUGUGGAAGUCGUUUUCAGGGAAGUAUUCACAACUGAUGGGGGUUCAAAUCUUGUUUGUUGCUAAGCAGAACAUUUCUGUGCUUAGCAAAUUCGCCCUAACCUUAACAAAAUUGACCCAACAAAAUCUGUUGUGUAAGUUACUAGACUGAGAAAAACAAAAGUUUCUUCAUGUCAACAAGUCAGUUCAAGGUACUGAUGAAAUGUUUAAUGAGACCCCAAAAUAGUUUUCCAACAAAAAGUAGCUUAAAGUAACUUCAUUCAAAUAAUUACUAAAGAUGUAGUUUGUUUCCUUUGUGUUUUGCAAAACAAUAUGCUUGGUAACAGUAGUAAAAGCUUCUUUGUACUUAAUGUGAACCCAAAACACUUUAA